AUGGCUGCUUUCGAUGAUCAAUCUGGCAUCACGCCGGAAGCCAUCCCGGAUAUUGCGGCGCUUUUCCGAAGCAAACCAGUCCUGUUUGGAUUUGUCCGUGAAGGGGAGGCUGCGGGCUCUAGUGCCAGCAGCGCCAGUGCGGAAGAGUAUGGACGCGGGCUGGGCAUGAGCUUUCAGGCGUUAGGCACGUAUGCCCCACAAGCUCCAGCGCCCGUCCGGGAUUGGUGUCCCACACAGGAUGAGGUGGAUAGGUCUCUGGAGUCAACAAAGUCUGCUUUGAAUAGACAGUUAGGCAACAAGGCGAAGCAGCCCUUGUAUUGCGUGGACUGGAAGGCCGGAAAGCAGGCGCUGGUGUACAACUAUGUCUGUCCAGAGCAGAAGCCGGCCGGUCUUGCAGGCGAUGCCAUUUUCGAAUGGAUAGAGUCCUCGUCCACUGAGUGGCGUGACGCGUCCCAUGGCACAGCUGCAGUGUUCCCUUUGGAAUCCUCCGAGCCGGGAUGUUAUCAAGAUGGAUCGGCCGCGGAGGAUUCUGAAAUUGUGCUGUAUCAUUCAUCGCGGCCGGCCCUGCUGAACAAAAUUUUGGAAGAGGGACUGGCGCCUUCCAUUUACAGUCAUGGCAUAUGCGGCGCUUGGACGUUUGCUCUCGCCCCUUGGGCCGCUUAUCGCUGGGGGUCGUGCAUCCUGGAGCCCGUUGAGGGCAUGGUCUUCACCGUCAAGCUGCCACGCAGAAUGCUGACCGAGAAAUCUCCUCGAACUCCUGCAGCAGACACGGUCAACACUGGCCUCGUCUCCAACCAGCGCAUCCGUGGGGAUGGAAGCGGUGGAUAUCUACGCUUUGUGGUGCCGGGGCAGUACAUGAAUUCUGCGUUGCCCAUCAGAAUGACGUCUGUGUCCUUUCUGCUUCGGGAUCCUAACGCCAUGACAUUCUCCGAGGGCCUCAGCUAUGGAGUUCGGCUUUCUGCGUUGUGGGUUCUUGGUCACUCGGUGUGUGACGAGGGUGACCUGGCUUUGGAGCCGGGUCUGCAGCCGCAACGCAAGCCCCUACUGCAAGGCUUUGAUGCGUUGAUAAAGCAGAAGGAGGACAAAGAGCUCGCAGACUUGUUGGAGCAUCUCGGAACGAUUUGA